ACUAGGAAGGUGUAUCGGGGAAGUGCGAGUAGACCUCUGUUCAGCUUAACACGGUUGCCGCUUUGGAACGAGCCGCAGGAGUAGUAAAAAAUUGGUUAAUAAACGUCUAAAUAUAAUUUUUACUCUUCUAGUUUGGAGAGGAAGUUGUUGUCCGUCAGUGAAGUACGGAAGGGGUUUCUAAGCAGCACAGCAGUGACUGUGUGUGGCAAACCCGACGCGAGGAAAGAAAGACGAAGAAGAGCGAGUGUGUGGUGAGACAGGAGGACGAAGAACAGUUCGACUGAAUAAAAUAAUCAGUGAAUACUAAAUCAGAGGAUGGGCUCAAGAGCGUCGACGUUGUUGAGAGAGGAGGAGAUUGAGGAGAUCAAGAAAGAGACGGGCUUCUCGCACAGUCAGAUCACCCGACUCUACAGUCGCUUCACCAGCUUGGACAAGGGAGAGAACGGCACCCUCAGCCGGGAAGAUUUCCAAAGAAUUCCAGAGCUGGCCAUCAAUCCUCUAGGAGACAGAAUUAUCAAUGCCUUUUUCCCAGAAGGGGAGGACCAGGUGAACUUCCGAGGGUUCAUGCGAACCUUGGCGCACUUCCGCCCAAUUGAAGACAACGAGAAGAACAAGGACCCUUCUGGAACUGAGCCCCUCAAUAGCAGGACCAACAAACUCCUGUUUGCAUUCCGACUAUAUGACUUGGACAGGGAUGACAAAAUUUCCCGCGAUGAGCUUCUUCAGGUUUUGAGGAUGAUGGUGGGUGUUAACAUCUCAGACGAACAGCUUGGUAGUAUUGCUGACCGGACAAUACAGGAGGCUGACCAGAAUGGAGACAACUCCAUCUCCUUCAAUGAGUUCAUCAAGGUUUUGGAGAAGGUGGAUGUGGAGCAAAAAAUGAGCAUUCGCUUCCUACACUAGAGGUUCACAGGCCUCCAACUGGACUGCUCCAUCUGUGACAAAACGCACCCGUUGUUUUCUUCAUGUUCCAUCAGUGUGGCCAAGGGAGCUCGCCACUUAUACAUUUUGACCAAGAAUAUGGUUGAUACUGUUGACAAAAUGUGUUUGUUCUAGUUGAUGUGAUUGUUUCAACCUUGCACCACUCUUACAGAAAGAAUACUUUUGUGCCUUUUUUUUUUGUAUUAUCACUACUGCAGGUCCCCCAAAAAAGACACACUGGGAAAAAAUGACCCUGUUUUCUAAGCUAUGGUAAAUGAAAUGUGGAAUGUUAUCUCUUGAAUUAUACUUAUGCAUUAAAAGAACAUUUCAGUGUAAAAUUACAAACAGGUAGAAAAGUUGAAUUAAACAUGCAGAAAACCUUUCAUAACUGAGAAGCCAAAUUUAGUUUCUUUUUUUGUGAAUCAACAUAAAUCCUGAUUUUUCAUGUUCAUAAUGAGUAUUUGUAUCAACACUUAGCAUGCAUUAGUUUGCAUUUUGCCAAUGUGUUUAUGCUGUAAUGAUGACAAUGUCUUAAUUUAUCCUUGGAAGUGAACCACAUCCAAGUGCAUAUUUGUAUAAAUGAGAAUAGUAGUGUUUAUAUUUCAUGGCAAGUGCUGAUUUUUACUCUUGGUGAACUGCCCAUUGUGACUGAUUUACUUUAAUAUAGCAAAAAAAUAAUCAGCCGCUGUUCUUUGAGCUUCUACUACCACAGUGUUUCACCUUGACUGCAAUUGGUCCAUAAUGCUGCUUAUCCUCAGAGGUAGUUGUCAUGCAAAUUUGGUGAGUACUGCACAUUAUAUUUUUGAUAUCACCGUGCCCCCCCCCC